UUCUUCAGUUUUGCCUUAGUUUUCAAGAAAGUUCAUAAAGAUGGAAGGCUCAUCAUCUACUUCUACAUCUACAUCUCAUUUUAGAUCUAUUAGUCUUCCAUCCAGGUUAACUAAUCCUUCUCAUACAUCGAUCGAAACAAAAAUAAACGAGUUGAAAGCAUGGGGAGACAUGGUAUGCUCAUCUAAAACCACUCAAAAAGGUUUGGUUGGAUUGGUGGAGUUGUUUGUUUGCGUGGAUGAGCUUUUUCGAUCUCCACACGCCAAACAAGCUCUUUCACCUUUGGUAGAGGAUGCCUUGGAGUGGUCAAUUGUUUUGCUUGACUCGUGUAACAUCCUCAAAGAAUUGAUUAUACAAAUGAAGGAAAAUGUGCAAAUUCUUCAAUCAGCCCUACGAAGAAAAGCUGGCGAUUUGACAGUCGCUAAUCAAAUCGCCGCUUAUCUAUGCUUUAGGAAAAAAGUAAAGAAGAGCAUCAUCAAAAACCUUGGUACAUUAAGGAGUAUAGAAAAGAAAAUGAGAUUAAUUACAAUUCAAGAUGUAGAUCACCAUGUUUCAAUGGUGAGUAAGGUUCUUGUAGAAGUUAAUCUACUAACGAUCUCCAUAUUCAAAACCCUUCUAACCUUUGUCUCGGCGAAGCCCAAGCCUACUAACGGAUUUCAGCUCUUAUCGAAGUUUGCUUUGAAGGGUACAUGUACACAUGAAAAUGUGAAGGUGUUUGUCAAUGAGGUAGAAACCGUUGACAUGGCUACCUUGUCUCUACAUAAAAGUGCACACAACAAUGAGAUGAAGGAUGCUGAUGUCCAAAUGAUCUUAAGGAAUUUACAAAUUCUAGAUGUUAGCAUCGACGGGUUUGGGGCCGAACUAAAUUUCCUAUUCAGGAGAUUGAUUCAGCACCGAGUAUCACUUCUCAACAUGGUUGUUUGUUAGACAUCUAAUCCAUCAUAUUAUGUGAGUGAGAUUGUUAUAAUAUAAAAAGUAUAAAAACUGGUUGUGAGUAGAGGAGAGAGAAAAUGUUACUGUU